GAAACAAAUGCACGAUGGACCAUAAGAAGAUAUAUUCUGCUAAAAAACAUAAUCACUUCACACUGCUUAUCGCCUAAGCUAAGUGAGAGAGAGCAAGAGAAAUGGCCCCAAAGAACUCCUCGUUCAAGAUAAUCUUGGGUUCGUCUUCAUUUGCUCGCCGGAAAAUUUUGGCUGAGAUGGGCUACGAAUUCACGGUCAUGGUAUGCUCCGCCUCCAUUUUGUGUGCCUAUCUCAGAAUUGCUUUAUAUGAACAAAGCAUAAGGAAGGAAAAGGCAGAGGAACUGGUAGUAGCUCUAGCUGAAGCCAAGGCAGAUGCUAUCAUGGAAAGGCUCAAGAGUACUGGUGAAAUGAAGGAAAUUCUCGGACCUACACUGUUAAUUACUGCUGACACUGUGGCGGUUUAUGAAGGAGUCAUCAGAGAAAAGCCAUCAGGCAAGGAAGAAGCACGUCAGUUCAUCAAAGGGUAUUCCGGUGGUCAAGCUUCCGUGGUGGGAUCUGUUGUAGUAACCAACCUCACGACUGGCAAAAGAAAAACGGGGUGGGAAUUGUCUGAGGUCUAUUUCCACGAGAUACCAGAUGAGGUGAUUGAUAACCUGAUUGAGGAGGGAAUAAUACUCAACGUGGCUGGCGGUCUAAUGCUUGAACAUCCAUUGACAUUGCCCUUUGUUGACACAGUGGUUGGAACUGCAGAUCAUGUCAUGGGACUUCCAAAGGCUCUCACUGAAAAGCUCAUUGAAGAAGCUCUCUGAGCCUCACUUUCUGAUUUUUUUUGUCCCUAUUUUUUAAAAAAUUUGAAAUACCACAAAACAUUAUAUGGAGUCAGUAAAAAGAUACAAAUUACAAUGUGUGUUUGAACUCAUUUUGCUAGAAGAGUUUUAAGAUUUUCAUUAACCAUA